CUUUAGUAUUGCCAAAAGGCCCGACCAGGCGACCCUUGGAACCAGUCUCGAUUUCCCGUUUCCGCCAAUGCCGGUUCGUCCUGAUUGACAAAAUGCAUGAAGGACAAAACACAUGUGGCCCUGCGACCAGAGGUCAUGCCGACGGAGGUGGUCUCGGCGUGCACUUGCUUGUGGCGGGAGCGAUUCUCCACGGCCUUGCGUGUGACGCGCCGGCUGCGCUCGCAGCACUUUGGCUUGAACGCUGUAUCGCCUAUAAUCCUGUGCUUCUGACACACCUCGACGGCGUCAACGACCUGCCAGCGCCACGGAGGUGCGGCUGGGGCCGCGCGGCCCUGCCCUGGGCGGCGGUGAGCUUGGCCGGCGGCCUCCCAGCCAUUGACAAGGGCAGCACCACACGUCACGUGUGUGCUGGCUGCCACCAGCACCUCACCACCUCUGACCUCGCACGCCUGGAGGAGCAGCAGGAGCAGUCGGCGCCGCGCCACCUGCACCCGCACCCGCAACCGCAGACCCCAGGCGCAGUGCUGCAGUGCGAUGGCUGCCACCGCUGCUUCCACGGCCCCUGCCACCGGCGGUGGGCCGCUGCGGCGGAGCAGGAGCAGCGUCGGCGGGCACGGGUACACGCGGCACGUGAUGGCCGGGACGGGUCGGGGAGGCGGCAACAGCCGGAGGCCGUGAGGGCAUCGGCGGCGGCGGUGGAGGCUGGGGACCCGGGCGACGACGGGGCUUGGUUCCAUGAUACGGAGUGCAAACAGGUCCGGGUGGCGCUGCUGCGGCUGUGCCGGCGGGGGGACAUAUGGCUGCCUGAGGGCACAUCAACAUCGCCGCCAGCAAUAGCAGCUGCACCACCCGCACCAGCAGCCGCGAGCAGCAGCAGCGGCAGCAGCCUCGUUGCAGCACCAGACCACGCGGCCGCUUCAGGUCGCCCAGAUGCUGCGCCAGGCGCCAGCCCGCCCACGACCUUGACCUCGACCGCGACACCACACAGCGUACCUGAGUCCCCGCAGCAGCCGCGGCAACGGCUGCGCAUGCGGGUGUACGACUGCAAUGACGGCGGGCCGGCGGCGGCUGUCGGUCUGCGGCGUGUGCACGGCGUGCUGCGUGCCGCGGGCUUUGGCUACGGCCUGAGCGACCUCCGGCAGUUUGAUGUGGCGGCGUUGCUGAUGGCCGAGGACUCGGGCCAGGCCCUGUCCGCCGCCGUACUGGACGUGUACGGCUCACACUUUGCGGAGCUGUACCUGCUGGCCACAUGCGCCGCCGUACAGCGGCGCGGGUACGGCCGGGCGCUGGUGCGGCAACUGGAGCAGGAGCUAGCGGCCAGCGGCGUGCGGCGGCUUCUGGUGUCGGUGGACGAUGACGACCUGGUCAAUCAGGGGCUGUGGCACCACGCGAUGGGGUUUGGGUCCGUGCCUGACGCAGAGCUCCGGCAGCUGGCGAGGAGCUGGGGGGCGUUCGGGCCGGCGGCGCGGCGCGGCACCGUGUUCCUGUACCGGCCCCUGCUUGGCGGAGCUGGCGAGGCGCAGGGGCAGGGGCAGCACGGCAAGCGGUGACGCAAUGCAGUAGCCUAGUAGGACAGUCGGCAGUAGACACAUCUGGAUGCCCCAGGGCGUGUUCCGCAGGGUGUAGUACCGAAUGUGGCGUAGAGCUACUGCGUUCCGCCUACAUGCAACGCCGAGGGAUGGUCGGGGAGUCUUGUACAAUCCCAAGCUGCUAAAUGAGGGGAAGGGUGCAAUCCGGGCCUCUCGCGCACCCUGGAUAGGCGUGGAGUAAGGAAUGGAGUAUGACUGAAGGAGUAAGGUCGCCGUGGCAGGACGCGGUGACUCGGCGCGGCUGCGCCAUGUCAGGUAUGACUGGGAAGUUCCGCCAUGGUCCGUGGAAAGGGUGCGAUGAGGCAGUGUUAAGGCAGGUUGGUGAAGUCCCGUAGGGUGCAGUGAUUCCCAGACCCCAGCAGAUGGCAAACAAUUUGCAACGGCAGUGCAGGAGCGUGAGGAAUGCGCGUCAGCAAAACAUCGACACAACCUGCCAGCUACCGUCGGUACAGUAACAGCGCGCGAACGACGCACCAAUGCCUUGUCCCUUCUUGCUACGCAUUUAUGUGGGCACGGGUGGGAGCCACACACAUCGGGACUACGCUUUCCUGCCCCUUGCCAUGUUCCAUCACGAGCGGGCAGUGCAGGAGCGCGCGGCUGGUCGAACGCCGGAGUUACUGUGCCGACAAGUUGCUGGCUGGCUGGAAGUUUGGUCCGUGGGGAAGGGUGCGAUGGGACAGGGUGUGCGAUGGGACAGGGUGAGGCGUAGGUCGGCAUUCACUUGGCAUAGUCCCUGAGGUCCACGGGAAAGGGAGGCCAGUGUAUAUAACCGCAGGAUGUGUGGGUGUGCAUGUGCCGGUCUGUCGGAGCGAAAGAGAGCCAGGCGUAUGGACACACGGCUUCACAGGUGCACUUGCGACAGGUGCCCCUGAGACAAGCUGCUGGCCAUGACCGCUGAGUAACAGCAGGUUGCAUGCCGGAGGGUUCACCCGGAGGACGAAUUGACGGUAGGUUGCCGAGGGCUGCCAUCAAGCGAGUACAGGGCUGUCAUCGACACAGGGCAGGGCCGCCAGCCAACAGCUCAAUUCGACCCCGCCUCUGGCGCUCAGUUCCACGGCCAACUAUUGUAACGCGGUACUGGU